GAGGGCUGGGGACCCGGUGUUGCUGCUCGGCGGCAGCUUUCGGCUUGGAAGCGGAACCCACGUUCGGUUGUAAAGAAUGCGAGAAAAGAGGCUCAAGGGCAAGUGACAGACGUGCCCUGAGCUUAGCUUCCCAGGGCGGUGUUAGCAAAGACAGGCAUGUUCCUGAGGAUUUCUCUCAAAAUCAAAUAGUUGUAUAUUUGUUGUUCUAAAUUAUUAAAAGCAUCCUGUUGUGAAAAGACAUCCUUGUAAAAGAUUGAAUUUUCCUAAAUUGAUGCACCUAUGUCUUCAUCUAAAAUGAACUUGCACUUCUGAAUCAUCUGCUACAGAACUUACACUGUAAUAUUGUCUUACUACGUAAUAGGAUUUGGAACUGUCAGUGAGCCUUGGAAUUUUCAGUAUUAUUUCUGUUUUCAGAGAUCCAGAGAUUCCAGUUGAGAGCAAGUUGGCAGCCAGACCCUUGUUCUUUCCCUGUGAGGAGCAGCUCUUACCAACAGCAACAUUGACAGAACCUGUGUUUUGGAAAAGGCCUGAUGGCUUUGAGCCUAGGCUGGAGAGCAUUUGCCCUGCUUCCCAUGAACCACUUCGGUGUUUCUCUGAAGGCUGUGAGGAACAGUGGUCUUCCCUUGUUUCCCUGGGGCCACUGCCCCUGGAGAGGAACUGGAAGCUUUUUGGACCCUGAGAUGAAAGCUUUCCUGGAGGAGAACACUGAAGUCACCAACAGGGGCAGCCUCACCCCCGAAAUCCAGUUGCGGCUUUUGACCCCUAGAUGCAAGUUCUGGUGGGAAAGAGCUGACCUAUGGCCCCACAGCGACCCGUACUGGGCAAUCUACUGGCCCGGAGGCCAAGCCCUGUCUAGGUAUUUUUUGGAUAAUCCUGAUGUUGUCAGAGGAAAAUCUGUGUUGGAUCUUGGGAGUGGAUGUGGAGCGACAGCUAUUGCUGCAAAGAUGAGUGGGGCAUCAAGGGUCUUGGCCAACGACAUAGACCCUAUUGCAGGAAUGGCUAUCACACUAAAUUGUGAAUUGAACCAACUGAAUCCUUUUCCCAUUUUAACCAAAAACAUUUUGGAUUUGGAACAAGAUAAGUGGGACCUUGUCAUGCUUGGAGAUAUGUUUUAUGAUGAAGACCUUGCAGAUAGUCUUCAUCAAUGGCUGAAGAACUGCUUUUGGACCCACGGAACUCGAGUAUUGAUUGGUGACCCUGGGCGACCCCAGUUCAGUGGACACAGCAUUCAGCAUCACCUGCACAAAGUGGUAGAAUAUUCACUUCCAGAGCCCACUAGGCAGGAAAACAACGGACUGACAACAAGCACAGUGUGGGAUUUUCAGCCUUGAGUUGUCAAAGUGCUUCCAAGGAUGGAUAUGGCAAUGUUGGGGUUUAACCCUAAAAGAUUCUCCAGUUUAAAGAAUGCAAUUCCUGUUAAAUAGCAGAUCUUGUUUCCAAAAUAUGAAGGUUUAAAGUUUUGUCAGCCUUUGUCGUGUAACUAGUUCUGCAUUAUGCCAAAUCUCUAUUUGUAAUUUUUUUUUCCUCAUUUUACUGCUAUAGGAAUAUAAUUAUAGAAGGCAAUGCCCAAUGGUAGCAACAGGUAAUUUAAGCAGCGGAGAGGAAUUAGACAUUGUAGCAAGAGUCUGUUUCUGUAGUUGAGGACAACUAUAUGAUGUAUCUAAGUACAAAAUAUUGGAG